CUCCACCUCCGCACUCAUCGACUGCACUUCCUCUGUUUACUUCCUUCUAAACACGCACCGACCUUUCUCAGUCUGUCAUUCACACAGUGUUGGACUAAGGAGACACACGAUGACGAGACGACAGUCGCGAUAAGCUUCUGACACCAAGAUUACGGCAAGGCGAGCAGCACAAGUCGAGCAUCAAGAUGGAUUACAAAUACGAUAAUGGAAUAGAACUGCUGUUGGCUCACAUGAAUAUAGAAGAUAUCAUCAACGCUGCAGAGACUCUGUAUCAGCUUGAGGAAGAGGAGGAAGGACCAUUGUCGUUUGAGGAGGAGGGUCUCUCCCAGGAGGAGAUGGACGAGAACGAGGAGGCAGGGGACUUGGUGGGUCAGCAGAAGGACUAUGUGGACGGGGUUGGUGGUGUUCGGUACGGGACGGUGACAGACCUCCUGUCCUUCGUCAACCUGCUCUCUAACAUGCAGACAGCAGCCCUGCAGCACCUGCCUGAGGAGAUGGGCAUCCUGCUGAACAAGAAGGAGAUGGCGAUAAAAAAAGGCCGCUACCAGAUCAACAUGGACGUGCUCCUGUUUCCAUGGAAACUGACCUACAAGAAUCACGGCUCUGACCUUGUGCCCAAGGGCUCAUUUGGGAAAGUCCACUUGGCUCAGGACAUCACCACCAGGAAGAGAAUGGCUUGCAAACUGAUCCCCAUGGAGCACUUCAAAGCAGCCGAUGUGGAGUUCCAGACCCGGUUCCGCCACGAGAACAUCGCCGAGCUGUACGGCGCCGUGCUCUGGGACCAGAGUGUCCACCUGUUCAUGGAGGCCGGGGAGGGCGGCUCCGUGCUGGAGAAGCUGGACAGCUGCGGGCCCAUGAGGGAGUUCGAGAUCAUCUGGGUGACCAAGCAAGUCCUGCGGGGUCUGGAGUACCUGCACUCACACAACGUCAUCCACCACGACAUCAAACCCAGUAACAUCGUCCUGAUGUCAGACAAGGCAGUUUUGGUGGACUUUGGCCUGACGGUGCAGAUGACAGAGGAUAUAUACAUUCCCAGAGACAUGAGAGGAACCGAGAUGUACAUGAGUCCAGAGGUGGUUCUGUGUCGAGGACAUAACACCAAGACAGACAUCUACAGCUUGGGGACCACCAUCAUUCACAUGCAGACUGGGAGCCCUCCAUGGGUCCGGAGAUACCCACGCACCGCCUACCCAUCAUACCUCUACAUUAUCCACAAGCAGGCCCCGCCUCUGGAGGACAUAGCAGAGGACUGCAGCCUGGCCAUGCGUUCCUUCCUGGAGCGAGCCCUGGAGAGGAACCCCGCUCUGCGGAGCUCGGCGUCUGAGCUGCUGAAGGACGAGGCCAUCAACCCGCCCAGGGAGGAUCAGCCGCGUUGCUGGAGUCUUGACUCAGCCCUGGAGGAGGCCAACCACAUCAUACUACGGCAGCAGAGCCAGCACCACGACACCACACAGGAAUCUUCUCUGUACUCUGAGGACUCCGGCCACAUGCGGAGGAAGGGCUCCUUGUAUAUUGACCUGGGGGCCUUGUCAGGUUAUUCUAAACUGGUGACAGGGCCCCCCACCUCAGAAUACGGCUAGCACCUGACCACAGCUCACCCUUUAUGUGGCUGAAAGCCAACUGAUAAUGUACUUUUUAGCCGUUUUUAAAUGGUUUAUUGUUGAAGGACUGAUGAAUAGAUCAGACAGGUGGACAGCUGCAGGUGACAUCACUUAUUGAAGAACUGCAAGACUCAAGAUGACUUGUAAUGAAUGGAAUUAGCUCAACCUUGAUGCUGAAAUGAGCUGAUGUGACUCAACACUGCAGGACAGUGGUUGGAACAGAUGUAUCGUGUAUUAUUGAGCAUUAACUGUUAGCUAUUGGUAUAACUUCUCAGAGCUCCCUACAUUGUUCUAUAUUUCAGUGUGGCAGUUAACACAGUAAUCAAAUGUAUGCUGUUUUUUUCUCAUGAAACUGUCUAACAGUCUUGAAAAAGAAAUUAUUUAUCACUAAAAAUCUGUAAGCAAUGUGUUUAAGUAUGUGUGCGCUAUGCAAACAUGUAUAUGUAGUUCUUAAUGGACUUCCUCUUGUUAAUUCCUGUGGAAUAAGAAUAGCAUCAUGAUGCUAUGCAAAUGGCGCUUCUGUGGAAUGCAUGUGAUAUCUAAUUUGUGUUUUGUACAUCCCGUGAGAUGAGGCCUGCUGUGCUAUGUACUGAAAAAAAAGAAGAAGAAAAAAAACUGUUUUACUUCCGUUUUCUUUAGUAUUGAGCAUAGAAAUUUUGAAAAGUUUGAAAAUGUGUCAUUAAGCAAUAAAUGCAAUAACAACAAAA